CUUCUCCCUCUUUAAUUUCCCGAAAUUUCCAAUCCCUUCCAGAAUCCCAAAUUCCCAAAUCUCAAAAACCCUAGAAUUUCAAAUUCCGCGAUUCAAAGCUUAAUUCUUUGGAUCAUUUCUCCAAAUUAACAUCGAUGGGCGAACUCAAUAUGGACGAUAUGCCUCUACCGGCGCUGUUCGAGCAAGCUCGGAAGGUCCAUUUCACGGCGACGGAGUCCGGCAAUGAGAUUGAUCAGGAGGAGGUGAAGAAAGCGUGCAGGGCUCUGGAGAAGUGCGAUGAAAUGAUAAGCAAGCUUGGGUUGUUCUCAACCAACGAGACCAAGGAGGAUAUCAGCACCACCAAUCUCAAGUAUAUUAUGGUGCCGUAUUAUCUUGGUGAGUUGACUGAGAAGGUUGGGCAUGAUGAUAGGAUACAGAUUGUUAAGGCAGCUCAGGCUAAGUUAAAGGAAUUUGUUUCGUUUUGUGAGGCGAUGGAGCUUGUGCCGGAAGAAGAGUUGGAAGCGUCUAGACAAGAUGGUCCAAAAUCCAAUUCAAUGGCUGACCGAAGGGCUCAGAAGAUUGCUCGAUUCAAACGCCAAAGAGCGGCAGAAUCAAAGUUGCUGGAAAUUAAGGAGAGGAAAGAGCGGAGAGGGCGUUCAACUAGGGCGUCUGCCUUGUCAACUCCUAUUGAGGCAGGAGAUGAAGAUGUGCUGGAUGAUGAUGGAGAGGAGGAACGAGAGGCCUGGUUUACUUCUAUCUCUUUGGCACUCUGUAAGGCUUUUGAUCUAUUGGAAAUGCUAAAGAAGGAAGAAGAGAUGUUGCUAGCUUUUAAGGAAAGGCAAUCAAAGGAGGGGGAUAAGGAAUUUUAUCAAGAAGUUCUUGAUGAUCGUGCCCAGAGGGCUGAAGCUUGGCAUCGUAAUGCUGCAGCUCGAGUGCAGUACAGUAAACCAGCACCGCCUAUCACAUGUGCAACUUUUGCACAAGAUGUUCUAGAAGGGAGAGCAAAUGUGUCACAGAUGCAUGAGCACAAACACCAGCCACUAAUCUUUGGACCAGCAAGUCUUAUUGGUGGAAGCAUAACAAGUGAGAGGGAAAGGAUGGCAGCUCAGGUUUUCCAACCUAGUCAUAGGUUACCCACUAUGAGCAUUGAGGACGCUGGGCUGAAGGAGAUGGAGAUAAUGAACAAAUGGCAAGAGAGGAAUGUUAAACUCAUGGAAGAAGCAAACUCUUCAUGGUACAAUGACAGUGGGAAACUGCCAGGACCGCCCCAGGAAGAUGAUGAAGAUGAUGAUGCUGCUCAAGACAAGGCAAGGGCAUGGGAUGACUGGAAAGACGAUAAUCCUCGAGGUGCUGGCAAUAAGAAGCUCACCCCUUGUGGAUAAAGUCUGCAUGGAAACACUGCCUUACAGACGCAGGAUCUAAAUUAUUGUGUUUGAUGACUAGUUUAAACUCAUGUAAAUUAAUUUUGUUUUUUUUUUGUUUUUUAAUAAAAGCAUUUUCAUGAAAUUCGAGAGGUUUUUGUUUUUGGUUCGGUAUCAAUUUCAGCUUAGUUGUCUUUCAAUCA